AGUAGAAAAUCUCUGCAACCCCUGGAGUCUCAUUCAGCACCACUCGCUACUGGACAGCGUCUGAGCAGCAGGAGCAGGAGUUGAUCGAGAAACAGGAGAUUUGUUCCAACCUCGGCUCUGGGAGUAACACCGCAUCUGCACAGGGCGCUUUAUUCCCAACACAACUAGCGACACUUGUAUCUCCAACCCGGCGUUUCCACUUCUCACACCAGUCUUCUACAUUUUUCUUUCAAUAUUUUUAAACUGCAUCCGUGCGGCGCGUUUUGGCAAGCAGCGUUCAAACAGGAGGCGACUGGAGCUGACGCUGCCAGACAAAGACGCAGGAAGAAAAAAAAAAAAGAAGAAUAAAAAACGACAAUCAGAGAUCGCAGAAGUUCAUUUCCUCCACUUUACUCACUUCUAUCAGGAGGAUUUAAAGGAGCCUGCAGAGGAACCCGCUGGGUCAGCUUGUGACUUUCUUCCUGCUUGAAGGACCAAAAGCAGAGCUAAAUGCACCCGAGUGAUCCUGGAGAAGCGGAGAAGAGAGGCUAACUUUCCACCUUUGUUCUUGCCUUAUGAGAGCACUCUGUGUGGACUCUGGCUCAGCUCUCCCUGUGCUGUUUAGUUACUGCAUGUAGUCACUCUCAGGUGCAGGAAAAAGAGUGAAACACAAAGAGGAGAGAAGAAAGAGAUAAAGAGAGCAAGGGCUGCAUAAUUAGUAUUACCCAGUUUGUGUCAGAGCUAGAAACCAUGAGAAGAGACUUCUGAAGAACAACUGUGCUCUGAAAAACAUUGCGGCUAACCUUCAGGACAUUUGUAUGUGUGUGUGGGUGUAUGUGCGCACACCUCUUUCAUUUUCAAAGGACUUGAAUUUGUAUUUGGAUGCGGAUUUAGCCUUUCAUUAUGACUCUGCGAGGAGGCUUUGAGAGAGCGUGGAUUGGCUGCAACAGAGGUGUCUGCUGCUGGGUGCUGCUGCUGCUGGCUUGUUAUUUCUCGAUCGCCUUGGCAGCCAAGCCCAAAAUGCCAGGCCACACACACCUCAAUUCAAUACGCAUUGAUGGGGACAUAUCUCUGGGUGGGCUGUUUCCAGUGCAUGCAAGGGGAAACGACGGCAAAGCCUGUGGGGAGCUGAAGAAGGAGAAAGGGAUCCAUAGGCUGGAGGCCAUGUUAUUUGCCCUGGAUCGUAUCAAUAAUGACAAUGAGCUGCUGCCUAAUAUCACUCUGGGGGCGCGCAUCCUGGACACCUGCUCCCGGGACACCCAUGCACUGGAGCAGUCGCUGACAUUCGUUCAGGCGCUGAUUGAGAAGGACUCAACUGAUGUCAAGUGUCUCAGCGGAGGGCCGCCCAUCAUCACUAAGCCUGAGAGAGUGGUGGGAGUGAUUGGUGCGUCUGCCAGCUCCGUGUCAAUCAUGGUAGCCAACAUUUUACGCCUCUUCAAGAUCCCUCAGGUGAGCUACGCCUCAACAGCUCCGGAGCUGAGUGAUAACACCCGCUAUGACUUCUUCUCCCGCGUGGUGCCCCCAGACACGUACCAGGCCCAGGCUAUGGUGGACAUUGUCAAAGCCAUGCGCUGGAACUACGUCUCCACUGUAGCCUCCGAGGGAAACUAUGGGGAGAGCGGCGUUGAUGCGUUUAUUCAGAAGUCUCGAGAGGACGGUGGUCUCUGCAUUUCCCAGUCUGUGAAAAUACCACGUGAACCUAAAGCUGGAGAGUUUGACAAGAUCAUUCGCAGGCUGAGUGAGAAUCCCAACGCCCGAGUGGUCAUUAUCUUUGCCAAUGAGGAUGACAUCAGGCGUCUCCUUCAAGCGGCUAAGAAGGCCAAUCAAACUGGCCAUUUCAUCUGGGUUGGUUCAGACAGCUGGGGCUCAAAAAUCUCCCCGAUACUGAACCAGGAAGAGAUGGCAGAAGGUGCUGUCACCAUCCUCCCCAAACGACAGUCCAUCAAAGGAUUCGAUCGCUACUUCAUCAGCCGAACGCUCGAGAACAACAGGAGGAAUAUUUGGUUUGCAGAGUUCUGGGAGAAUAACUUCCAAUGCAAGCUCAGUCGACACGCUGUGAAGAAAGGAUCUGGCAUCAAAAAAUGCACAAACCACGAGCGAAUCGGGAAAGACUCAUCCUACGAACAAGAGGGGAAGGUCCAGUUUGUGAUUGACGCAGUUUACGCCAUGGCUCAUGCUCUACAUAACAUGCACAAAGAUCUCUGCCCUGGGAAAGUUGGCCUCUGCUCCAAGAUGGAAACCAUAAAUGGCACACUGUUGCUCAAGUACAUCCGCAAUGUCAACUUCACAGGGAUUGCUGGCACCCCGGUGGUCUUCAACGUGAACGGAGAUGCUCCAGGUCGCUACGAAAUCUACCAGUACCAGAUCACAAAUACCACAACAGAGUACAAGAUCAUUGGCCACUGGACAGAUCAACUCCACUUAGAUACCACUGAAAUGCAGUGGCCUGGUGCAACACAAGAAGUCCCGUCCUCUAUAUGCAGCCAACCCUGCCGCCCUGGUCAGCGAAAGAAGACAGUGAAGGGAAUUCCAUGUUGUUGGCACUGCGAGAAUUGUGAUGGUUACCAGUAUCAGGCAGACACUUACACCUGCAAGAUGUGUCGCUUUGAUCUGCGGCCUAAUGCGAACCACACUGGCUGUGAUCCCAUUCCCAUUGUCAAGCUGGAGUGGAGCUCUCCGUGGGCGGUCAUCCCCGUCCUUAUCGCUGUCCUGGGUAUCAUGGCCACUCUGUUUGUGGUGGUCACCUUUAUACGCUACAAUGACACACCUAUUGUUAAGGCGUCAGGUCGAGAGCUGAGCUAUGUGCUGCUGACUGGCAUCUUUCUCUGCUAUGCUACAACAUUCCUCAUGAUCUCCACCCCCGAUGUGGUAAUAUGCUCCCUGCGAAGGAUUUUCCUGGGCCUGGGUAUGAGUAUAAGCUAUGCAGCGCUGCUGACCAAGACAAAUCGGAUCUACAGGAUUUUUGAGCAGGGCAAGAUGUCGGUCAGUGCCCCUCGAUUCAUCUCCCCAGCCUCCCAGUUAGUCAUCACGUUCAGCCUGAUAUCACUGCAGCUCCUCGGAGUGUGCAUCUGGUUUGGUGUUGACCCAUCACAAGCCAUCAUCGACUACGAGGAUCAGCGUACGGCUAAUCCCAAAUUGGCCCGAGGUGUUCUGAAAUGUGAUAUAUCAGACCUCUCCCUCAUCUGUCUGCUGGGUUAUAGCAUGCUGCUGAUGGUCACCUGCACAGUUUACGCCAUCAAGACCAGAGGUGUCCCCGAGACAUUCAACGAGGCCAAGCCCAUCGGCUUCACCAUGUACACCACCUGCAUUGUAUGGCUUGCCUUCAUCCCCAUCUUCUUUGGGACCUCACAAUCAGCAGAAAAGAUGUAUAUCCAGACCACAACCCUGACCAUCUCUGUAAGCCUGAGUGCGUCAGUCUCUCUGGGAAUGCUCUACAUGCCUAAGGUCUACGUGGUUCUCUUCCAUCCAGAGCAGAACGUACCCAAGCGCAAGCGCAGCCUGAAAGCUGUGGUCACUGCAGCCACCAUGUCCAACAAGUUCAACCCUAAAGGAGGCCUGAGGCCCAACGGAGAGGCCAAGUCUGAACUCUGUGAAAGUCUUGAAACACAAGUGUUGGCUUCCAAGCAGACAUACAUAAGCUACAGUAACCAUGCCAUCUAAGCCAGAGACGAACAGUGGAAGCGGAGCCAGCGCCUGCCUGAGGAGAAAUCACCUGAUUCUGGGGAAUACUGGGGGAAAUACUGGAGGACUUCCAAGCUGCUACAGCGGAGAGGACUGGGGUGGAAAGAUGGGAAUUUGUCACUCCAUGAAAAGAAAGGAUGUCAUAUUUUUCUAGAGAAUCAGGUAAAGGCUCAAAUGCCAAAUUUAUGAGAAAUUUGAAGAGAGGGAGGGAGAUGGGAGAUGUAAGGGAGAUUGAACAGUUAAUUUUCCUCUUCCCACCCUUUCUGAGACGCAAGUGAGCAUUGAGCAGUGACGUUUCCAGAUGCAGGCUGAGCGAACCACCUGGAGUCUACAGUAUGUUUUCCUUCUGAAGUGUAAAGAACACAAUUUCAGAUCUCUCUGAGGCUGAACCGUUUGUCUCAUUUCAACAAAAAAAACAAAAAACAAAAACAAAACAAAACAAAAAAAAACCCGGGGGGAAAAGUGUUCUGUUUGCGCUCAAGUCAAAUGCAGUCGACAAGAUGAAGCAGUAUAAAAAUAUAGUCAUUAUUUUUUUGGUUACUGGUAUUAUUGGGGUUGAAAGCUGCAGUACUCUUCAAACUGUACAUGCCUUACUACAGUACAUUCAGUAUUCCUACAUGAACUAACCAUAUCUGAAACACCUGAAAACAAAGCAGGGGGUCAUCCCAGGUUUUUUUUUUUAAUAAAUGUUUCAUAAUGAUGAUGAUGAUGAUGGUGAUGAUGAUGAUGCCGUCAUCUUGGCAAACCUAGUGUACAGUCCCAGAGCAUGCUUGUGGGAGCAUCACGUGUACUGUGCUGUGUUGUCAACGUCUUUGGAAUGCAACAUUUGUCAUGGUUGUCAUUCACAGUGGAGAUGUCAUUUUGGACCAUUACCCGCUGGGUUACCCUCUGCUGGAUAAAGACUAUUUUCUCAAACACAAAAAUGAGCAAAUCUAAAAAGCAAAUUGCCAUGUAAUACCGUCAUAGUUUACGCCACACUCCAUAAAUGUCAGCCAGGACUUUAAAGACUUGUUGAAGCGUACUUUAAAAACAUCCCAGAUUUAUUGGCCUUUAUUUAUCACGCUCUUGUUAAAGCCUUUCAGGUUCAAAUUACCCGAUUUGUUUAACUUCCAUCGUUCUACAGGUAGAACUCUUGAGACAAUAACAACACACUUCCAUUUGAUAUUCCCUCUAAUAAAUUACAUUUUUACAUCCAUAUUAUCCUGUGUUUUCUAUAUUUGUGUAUUUCAAUGUUUAGUGAUAUAGAAUUUGAAACAUAUUCUUAAUUUUUAUAGCAGGUGAGCUUGAAUAAUAGCAUAUUUUGUCCCUAAACACUUGAUUUGUGAAGGAGUAAAACAGCACAUUAGAUAUAUCAUGUUUAAAGCCUAAUAUGAUAGAUUACAUUGAACAGUAUUACAUGGGCACCUCUUGUGAUUUAUGAUAGAUGCACAGGUAAUUUAGGAUCCUUGCAAAGGAUUUUUUUUUUACCCUUUUCUGGGUCAUGAAUUUUGAGGCUACAGUGGAAAUGAUUAAUGAGAGUUUUAAUAGUAUUUUGGGUACAAAAUUAGGCUCAUGCAGCUACUCAGUAGAAGGCCCAUUUGAAGAAGGUGCAAGCUCAGUUCCAUCAAACAGCAUAAAUGUUCAAAGAUAAUUAGGUGGAUGGUAUGCAUAGCACUCCCGAAAGGAGUGUUUUACCUUUCAACAGACCCAAUACAGCCUUUUUAGGGUUUAUAGCUCCGCUUAAAUAUUCUCCACAAUCCCAGAGAACAGUAUCAUGUUAAAUGUCAGAUUUUCACAUAUAAAUACAUUAAAGGUCCAGUGUGUAGGAUUAAGGGGGAUAUAUUGGCAAAAACAGAAUAUUAUAUUCAUAACUAAGUAUUCAUUUGUAUAGGAAUUGCUGGGGGGUUUUUUUGUUACUUUAGAAUGAGCCGUUCAUAUCUACAUUUGGAGAUCCGCGGUUUUUGUUUCCCUAGGCCUAGAUUUAAGGGGGAAAGAGGGGACACAUCCCCUUCAACAUGUGCAUUCGUUCUCCUCAAUAAAGAAAUUAAAAUAGCAGAUUACUUUUAUUUUGUCAAAAAGUAAGACAUUUUGACUUUACAUUUAAGCAGAAAUAGCACAAAUUGCACAUAAACAUUCACCAGAAUUCAGGAAAUUAAGUGUUUGAUGAUAAAAAUUUCCUGGGGGAGGACCCCCAACCCACCAUUUUACAUGUGUCCUCCCUAAUGUUGAUACGAAACCUACACUCUUGGUUGUUUCUAGCCCAGAACGGACGAACCCAACACUGGCUGAGUAGGGCAGUUUGCAUUGUUGUAUCUGCCACCAUAGUUCUCCUACAAGAUUGGCACAUGGGAGGAGUUUCAGUUGGAUAAAAUCUGCAAUCUCACCACUGGAUUCCACUAAGUCCUACACACUAGGGGCGUCCGGUGGCCCAGUGGGUAGAGUAGGCGUCCCAUGUACAAAGGCAGACUUGCUGCAGCGACCAUGGGUUCGAUUUCAGCCCACAGCCGUUUGCUGUCCCCUCCAUCUCGCCCUGUUUCAUGCUUAAUACCCCCCAAAAAUUCUACACACUAGACCUUUAAAUAGUUGUUUAAUUUAGCCAAACUAUCAAUCAAUCUAAUAUCACAAUAAUUUUGAACAAAUACUUCAAUAUCAAUAUUGUAGGGUCACAAAAUAUUUGAAAUAUUUGAUAAACAAAAAAAAAAAACAUCAAU